GAUUCUAUCCAUAAUCACAAAAUUUCAUUCCGUAGAAUUCUUCAGUUACUGGAAACUUUGAAUUUCGUCCACAUGUUACCAUGCACUAUUUAUCCUUCCGCCUUGUUUCUUUCCUGAUAUGUCUAGCUCCUUGGAACGUACUGUCCGCUCCAACCUACCAAUAUCUUCGUGAACCUCAAACCAACGAGGUCUUUGCUUCAAGAGACUACUUUUAUGUUGGUGGUGAAUAUGUCACUACCUCGACUAAUAAUACAUUGUUUGUGAACCAGAUGUAUGUGGAACAUCUCCUCCCAAGUCUAAUUGAACAACCUUAUCCAAUAGUGUUCAUUCAUGGGCAAAGCAUGACUGGUACCAACUGGCUCAACAAACCCGAUGGGUCUCCAGGAUGGGCAACCUAUUUCUUAUCCCACGGCUAUGAAAUAUACAUUCUGGACCAACCUGCGAGAGGUAGAAGUGCGUGGAACCCAAGCGGUAAUACAACAUUGGCAACUUAUACUGCGGAGAGAACAAUGCAGAGGUUCACGGCGACGGAGAGAUAUAACUUGUGGCCUCAAGCGGCGUUGCAUACUCAGUGGCCUGGUCGAAAUAGAACGGCUCAAUAGGGGACCCCAUAUUCGACGCCUUCUAUGCCUCUACCGUUCAAUUUCAAUCCGACACAGUAGUUCAAGAAAUCAACACGCAAAAGGCAGGAGCAGCACUCCUCAAUCGCAUAGGCCCCGCAGUUCUACUGAGUCACUCGCAGGGUGGUCUUAUGCCAUGGGUCAUCGCAGAUAAAGUGCCUGAACUGGUGAAAGCCAUCGUAGCAAUCGAACCGACUGGCCCUCCAUUCCAAGAUGUAGUUUUUCCUCCCACAACCCCGGAAGGUUUCACGAGAAAUUAUGGUAUUACAGAUAUUCCAUUGCAGUAUGAACCAGAAUUUGAGAUUGGAGAGGUAUUAGAGAAAAUUCUAGUUACUAACCAAAAGGCUGGACAUGGCGAGCUAAAAGAAUGCUGGUUGCAAAGGGAGCCAGCGAGACAGCUCAAAAAUUUGAAGGGAAUUAAAGUCCUGGUGGAAUCAGCAGAGGCGAGCUUUCAUAGAGUUUACGACGGAUGUACGGUGGAAUAUCUAAGGCAAGCGGGCGUGGAGGUGCAGUGGAUGAAGCUAGGUGAUGAGAAGGACCACCAAGUGGCUGAAAUACAUGGGAAUGGCCAUAUGCAGUUUAUGGAGAAAAACAGUGAUAUUAUUGCUGGGGUGUUAGAUGACUGGAUAAGAGAAGCUGUUGGAGAUUAUUAGAGGGUAUCGGGAAGUACCAAGUCUACACUCUUCCGGAACAACCUCGGAAUCGAAGGACAUAGAUCAGAAAAGGCAUAUCCCCCGCAGACCGCCAUUGUCAUUGUCUGAUUUCUUCAAGACAAGGAAACCUCCGAAUGCUGGAUACUAUAAUAGUAUCAUUUCUCCCUCAGCUUUAAGAGCUGGUCAAUGUUUACAAUGCAUAUUUCUCACAUUGUGCAAAAAGAGAAUGAGUUUCCUCGUUGCGAGAUUCCAAAUCAAUUGGUUUCCAUAUCUACCCCACCUCCACAUCACUAGUUCUUAAUACGCGAAUCAGAAUCGUGGUGAGAUGAGCUACAUGACAACUAACUUGGCAUCGGCUUAUGUAUGAAUCCAGCGCAACUUUAGUCUUGGUCGAUCGUAUCCAAGUUUUAUUUUUGGCAUCAUCGUUCUGAGAUUUUCGAAGCUGAGGUUGAUCAUGUGCUGAAGUUCUUAUCACCGAAUCUACGGAGAAGCGAGGGACUCUCAAUUCCAAAGAAAUAUGAAGUGUAUGGUGAUAUUUCUUUCCACAAUGUUACUAUCGAGCAAGGUCUCGUAUUUACCUAUCCUGUUUAUUCGAGAGCUGGAUUUUCUAGUGCAUUCGGCCGCUGUAUAGAUACGGAAUUGACUUCUAUGAUUAUCUUGGCUAUUAUGGUCCCCCACAUUUUGGUUCUGUUUAAGGUUGAUUUGUCGUUCAUGGAAAGUUAAUUGAUGGGGUAAUUUCUUGGAAUUGAGAUUGUUGGGUUCAUUGAUGAUGUAUGUGAAGAGUAAUUGAAAAAGAGUUUGAUGAGUGUAUUCAAUCAUUCGCAAUUAGAAUGUGUCAUCUAUCCAGGUAACGCAAUUCGUUCUUUUGGAAACCUAGAGUUAACAGGGAAUAUUUUCAUACUGUUCUUAUCUUGAGGAAUGUUGGGAGAGCA